AUGGCAGCCGCAGCACUGAGGGCGCAGCUCAACGCCCAUAUCGCCGGCAUGUACACCGAUGUGAGGCCCUUCCCCUCCCCUCUAGUCGUAUGGUUAUGGAUUUUGGCUGCCGCUGAGGUCGCCCGCUUCUUCAUCAACAAUGCCUACCAGAUCCUCGACGACAUCCGCGCCCUGAUGUCAGUUCCUCGCCCAUGCCCUCCCUCUGCUCUCGAUCUCAACGAGCAGCCCGCAGUGCACUUCGAUGAGGUGGAAGCCCUGGUGCAGCAGCUCAUGGAGUGCACUGUCAGUGUCGGUGCACAGCAAGUGAACCUCGCCUGCAGGCACUUCCACCAUUUCAAUGCCAGAAAAUGCGAACAUGGCGGUGGUGCGGCCCGGCAGCGGCGCGUACAUCCGAGCGCCAUCCAGCAGUUGAGCGCCGGUAGGAGUGUUCUCAAUGCUGAGUGCAAGUAUGUGGUCUCUGUCUACAACCGCGGCCUCGGUAACCACACUCUCGCCACCGCGUCAUCGUUCCUCUACGUGCUGCUCACCGACCGCGUCCUCCUCAUCGACCGGAGCAGCGGCAUGGGCGAGCUCUUCUGUGGUGUGAACGGCGGUCACUGA